GCAACUACAACCUCAAUCAUCAUCAAGAUGCUACUCCCUUCUCCCCCCAAAACACUUGCAGCAGCAAUAUUACUAUCCCUCGCAAGCCACACAUCCGCCACCCUCCUCUGGGACGGGCGUCUAAACAACUACACAUCCGCCUCCUUCCUCUCCAACUGGUCCUGGUCCAACCCCAUCGGCCCCUACCAAUACUACAUCCACGGCUCCGGCUCCGUCUCCGACUACAUUUCCCUCUCACCGACCUACAAAAACCCUCACGACACCAACUCCCUGCGCGGCAUCCAACUCAGUAUCGACAACACAUCCAGUUGGAAUGGACAAUACAUGAUGCGGACAGAAUUAAUUCCGUUUUCGACAACAGCCAAAAUCAACGAGUCGAAAGUUUUUUAUCAUUUUUCGCUUUCGCAUACAAAUGUGAAUCCUCCUUCGAUAACGGAAGAACAUCAGAUUUGUUUUUUUGAAUCGCAUUUUAUGGAGUUGAAAUAUGGUCCGAUUGCUCUUUC